GAUGGCGGCGGGAAUCGGGGGGUGGAGGGACGCGGGGAGGGAGGGGAGGAGCAAGAGGGCAUGGGAAUGACUGGUUGCGCCCGCGGUGCGUGUUAACUGGUGUGUGCUUGGACUGCUGUUCUGUCUUUGAAGCGACGGGGAUUACGUUGCAGUUGGCAGGUCGCCGUGAGGCAUGGCGGUGUGUCAACAUUCGGUCUCAGCAGCGGCAACCGAUAAGCCAACAGCUUAAUUUUGGCAAUGGUGGGAAAAGAAAGGUGAUGGCGAUAUGUAUAUGGUUAAGUUGGUGCGGGUUGGUGUCUGUUGGUGUUGGCGUUGGUUCUUGCUCGCGACAGCUGCUUGAUAAGGCUCCUGCGAGCUUUCUUAGGAAGACGCUUCACACAGGACGGGCCCUUUGUGUAAGGGCGUGACGAUGAAGAAUAGUAGUGCUGAUGAUGGCUGUGUGAUGGCGGUUGAUAUUGAUCAUGGUUCGAUAUUGACUAUAUUAGUGUUCACCUGACUGUGAACAGCUCGUUAGGUGCUCCGGUAAAUGCCUUGUACAGCUUCUAGGUCUGUCACGCAUGCCUUGAGGCCUUUUUCCGGGGACAAACGCGGCGUACAAAGGUGUUGUCAUUUAUGUUUUUCGCUUUGGAAAUAGCGUGUUGGGAUAGCAGGGAACGCCAUUGUUGCAGGGUUUGAGCUGUCAACGGUCAAGUUUAAACAGGUUCGACGUUUAAGGCAAGAAGGGAACGGCACAAUGAAUAAGGUCAUCUCUUUUCCCGAAUGUCGGCUACGCUUGCUACUAAUUGUGCAUGGUUAGAGCUUUCUUGCUGAUUUACUCCCUAUUAUCCGCUGAGCUCUUAUUAUGGGCGUCUAAGCCGGUCAGUAGCUGUGUACCUGCGUAGCUUGGCAGACAGAGCGUUUGUGGUGAGAGAAUUUUUGAGGGACGAUUUUGAGGGAAGCCCGGUCGUACGACAUAAUGUGAAGAAUGGACGUACAAAUAGCGCUGCUGGUUGCUUUACGUGAGCUGAAGUGCAUAAUUCGUACCCCUUUGUUGCUGUGCCGUACCGGUAAUGGGGCACUGUCGUGGCAACAUUCCCGUAGCGGUGUUCCGGCCCCCCUAGGCCCCCUUGCUUUCGAGUCGUUGCUGCUUAGUCGCCGCUCCUGACCACUGGAAUGCCGUUGUGACAGACGGUCAGUUACGGACACAUAGGGUUGGACUGGUGCAACGUAGGAUGAAUGGAUGAUGGUCCGUACUGGCCGUUGCGGUUGGUUGGCGGUGGUUGGCGGGCAGGGGCAGAAGUUGUGGGUGGGCGUGAUGAGCUGCAUUCGCGCAUUUCUUGUUGUCAGCAGCGCUGAGAACAGUGCUGGCAACCAGAGAGCUUGUCAUUUGCCGAUGUCUAGGGCGGGUUUACCUUUCCUAGACUCCUUCCUCUUUCCGGCGUUGGUAACCGUUUGUGUGUGGGCACGGGACUAUAGGUGUCGCUUUUGGCAACCGGAAACCUAAUGUAUCAUUUUGAGUGUCAACUAAAAAUGGGGUUUUGGAGCGCAUGUACGACAGGGAGCAGAGCAGUCGCCACCAGGCUUGCGAGUGGACGGUGCUAGACGUUUUGACCUUGGUUAAACAGUUUGCCCUCAGCUGGCCUUUCAGGUCUUUGCCGCUGAGUUUCCGUGCGCAGUUAGGAAGGCGCUGACUUUUGCGUAGUUGCAGACAGUUCUUAAGUAUGGCUGCAGCUGUAGGUAGGCGAGCCUUUUGUUUUGGCAGGAAGCCCAUCAGCGGGCCAAUUCAAACAGAAACGCUAAACGGAGGCAGGCUCGCGAGACGCACAGGCGCGGUUAUGAGUUGCUAUCACGUUACCAGUCUUGGGAACAGCUUCGCAAUCAGGGGACAGCUCUGCAAGAAGAAUUGGCCGCGCUCCCAGGGCCCAGCAACGCAGCGGCCGGAGCAGCGCCGGCUCACAUCCACAACGCCGAAGCAGAGGCACCGGAGGAAAUUGACAAUGCACACCGGCCCUCCCGCCAUGCCCGGUACGGGGUCGCUGGCAAUCGCAAGGGCAGCGCCGGCGAGGGACGUGGGUGUGGCACCCAGCGCCGUAUCCGUCCCACCGACAGCGGUUGUACGGGCUCUCGAUCGCCUUGAGAACGCGGGCUUGAGCGAUGCAGCUCGCAAAGUACGGCGCCUCGCGAGCCUGGAGCUGGCAAGACGGGAAAUCAGGGAGCCUGUAUCCGCUGACGAGGCAGCGGAAGUCUGGAGGACGGUGCUAGAGCGGCAGCUGGCGGCUCUGCAGGACGAAGAAGACAGCGAACAGCACCAGCCUCAGCGCCAGCAACGGCAGCAGCAGCAAUUGCCGCAAGACCGGCGGCCGGCAGUCGCCACCCUGCAGAACGACCAACGGCACCCUGCCAUAGGGAACGCACGCUGGAGUGCCGGCCUGAACCUACAGGGCCUUCCCGGCAGCAGCAGGCUGCAAGCAUUUGGGGCAGCGUCAGCAGGCCUGGGAGGCCUAGGGGGACUGGGCCUCACGCUGGGGGGCAGUGGCGGGGACUUAAACAGCAACUCUUCAGUGCUGGGCCUCGGCCACCUACCCCUCGGCUCAGCACCGCCGUCCGCUCUGGGCCCCCUGGCGGCAACCGUUCAGCGUGAAGGGGCCUGGGCAGACGUGUUCGACCGCAUCCCAGGCCUCAGCAGCCUGGUCUCGCUGGCGGACGUCAGCUUCGCAUCCCGGGACCAGGCGACCUUCACGCACAAGGCAGACAGUCAUCUCCGCUCCCUGCAGCAUCUCGCGUCCCAGCUGGAAGCGGCCAAACACUGCGCAUCCUCUUCGGAGGAGCUCUCGCUGCUCUUGGCCAAGGCCGCGCAGGUGUGGGAGGAGGCUUUUCGUACACAAGAGGUCCUCCGGCAGGUGCAGAAUGCAGCCCGUGUCCUGCCCUUCAAGGACGUCAUGGACGUAUUCAGCAAGGGCUCUCCCCUCACACAGCAGUUCCUAGCCGCCCUGUCGCAAUUUACGGACAGCCAGCGCCAGCACCUCUUCGGGAAGUUCGCCUCAGCCGCCGCUCCCGCGGCGGCUUACCCGCCGCCCCCGCCUCUUCCACUCCCGCCGGCCCCAGCACAGCCCCGUGCCCCACGCGACAACGGCUGCUUCUACUGCAAGAGGCCCGGACACAGCUACCGCGGCUGCCGAGAGUUGCGGUCGCUGGAACCUGGGGCCCAAACGGCAGCAUUCGCAGAAUGCGCCAAGCAGGAGCAGGCAGCCCGCCGGCCGGCUUAGGACGCGGCAGCGUCAGCUGGGGGCGAGGUCGCCCCGGCGCCAACGGCGCCCCCCCUCCAUCCAGCCGCCGGCAGUACGGCCGGCGGUGGGGCAGCUGACGCAAUUACGGCAGGGAUGGAGACACCAGAAGGUAAGCGUGUACGCGACCUACGGCGGACUGGGGCCCUGCGCGGGUGACAAGCAAUGUGCUGUUGCGUGUGUCCAUGUGGCGCGACCCUGCCCGAGGGGAGAAGGGCCUGCCUGCGUCUACCUGCUGUCUAGUCUGUGGUGUACGCGACCUACGGCGGACUGGGGCCUUGCGCGGGUGACAAGCAAUAUGCCGUGGCAUGCACCGGGGUCGUGUGGCUCUGCCUGAAGGAAGAAGGGCCUGACGGUGUUCGCAUGUGGUUCAAUCGGUGGUGUACGCGACCUACGGCGAACGGGGGCCCUGCGAGGGUGAACACCCAAAGCGUAACCUUGACCUGUGCCUCAUGCAGUUUGGUGGAUGCCUGACUCGGCGGCGGAAACGCCGUCGGCCGGCCGCUGGUUCGGCCCAGGGGGCGUG